AUGUAAUAACCAGCGGAAGAAUUAGAUUAAUUAAUACAAACCUUAAAUAAUUAAUCAACCAUUCCCUACCUUCAACAAGCUCUCACUUAGGAUUAAUUGGUGGCACAAAAUGCUCGUCUGCUCUAACAAUUGCAUGAAUAGCAGAGAAUGCUGAAUUUGCAAAGUCUGAUCACAUAGAGCGUUCUCCAGAAUCCCUUUAUAAAUUAAUAAAUCACUCAAGAGAGCAAAAAGAUCAAGAAAACCAAGUCAACACUUUAGAGAAUUCAAUCCAAUGCUAGUUUAAAAGAACAAACCCCUCAAUUACAGGAAAUUAAAGGUAAUGUCAAGAACGCAUACAUUAAGAAGAUUACCUCUUUGCUCAGUGUAGAAGGUGAGAAACUCUUGGAUGAAGAAUUGCAGGAAGAUCUACAAGGAGAGAGUUCAUCAGAAGAAGUAUCCAAAGAAUAGAAAUUUGGUUUGGCUGGACUUUUAGGAUCUGCAAAUGAUUUAUUGAGUGCUGAGUCAAAGAACAAGCGCUUAAGAUAGAGUGCCAAGAAUUCCCGAUUAAGAAAGAAGGUGUAUUUGAAGUUAUUGGAGAAAAAAGUAAUACUCUCCCCCCCUUAUCAAUUAGGUCUCCGAUCUAGAUUAAAAAAUAUAGGAAUAUAAAAAAACAACCAGAUAAUCAUUUGAGUAUUUGACUUAAUUACUUGCCUCCCAUCCCAUUCUAAAUAGCAUGAUCAUUGCUAAUUCAAAUGCCAUCGAUCAAAUUACACAAUGCAAACAACCCGAUUAAGCCUAACUUAUUUUAGAUUCGUACUUGGUAUUAGUCUCUAUUAACAAUUAGAUGAGAUAUGGAACAUGUGGAAUCAAAAGGAGAGACUAUUUAAAAUAUGCGGUUAAGAAUAUUCAAAGAAAUUUCUUAAAAGGAAACUACGGGUUGCAAUUGAUUAGUUUCAAUACUGAUCAUAAAAACUGUAUUAUUGUAUCUUACAUCAUUUAGAUGAUGAUGAAUUCAAUAACUAUGUAGAAAUUGUCAAAAAACAAACUAAAUUGGAUGAUGAGAAUUUAAUUUAUAAAGUACUCCCCAUUAUUGACAAACUAUUAAAUCAUAGAAAGACAUCACAAUAGUAUUCACAUUCAUUAUACGUAGAUUAUUAUUAAAGUUUAAUACAGAAAUGAAAAAAUUGAAAUCGAUACAAUAAGAGGUGGAGGAGAAUGUCAAUCAAUUUACUCAAUAAUUGACACCCAUUCAACAAGUUGAAUUAAUCAAAGGGGUAGAGAAAUUAACAACUUUCAAUAGAUCACUCGUGUGAACAUUUUCA